AUGCAAACCAGCAGGGCUCCGGCCAUCAGCGUCAGCGCGGAGAGCUGCAUCCCGGCUGGGCUGCGCCUGGGUCCUGUGCCGGGCACCUUCAAACUGGGCAAGUACCUGUCAGACCGCAAGGAGCCAGGACCCAAAAAAAAGGUGCGGAUGGUUAGAGGGGAAUUAGUGGAUGAAGCCGGGAGCUCAGCUCUGGAGUGGAUAGGGUUAAUCCGAGCUGCCCGAAACUCCCAAGAGCAGACACUGGAGGCUGUUGCGGAUCUGCCAGGAGGACAGAUUUUCUACCGGGCGCUGCGGGAUGUCCAGCCUGGAGAGGAGCUCACCGUCUGGUACUCCAACCCUCUGGCGCAGUGGUUUGACAUCCCUGUCACAGCCACGCCGACGCACGACGAGAAAGGGGAGGAGCGGUACAUCUGCUGGUACUGCUGGAGGACCUUCAAGUACCCGAACAGCCUCAAGGCCCACGUCCACUUCCACUGCGCUCUGAGCCAGGGGGGGGGGGUGGAGCGGGCGCUGCCCGCGGCCGCGCUGCCGCCCGCCCGCUACCCGCCGCUGCCCGGCGGGGCCCUGGAGCGCUUCGCGCUGCCGCCCUUCGAGGGGCUGAAGGCGUACGCGGGGGAGUGCGGGCUGCCGGUGAUGCCGCUCACCGUCUACAACGGGGAGCUGCUCUACGGGGCCGCGCCCUACUACCCGCUGAAGCUGCACCUCGGCGGCCUCCUCAAGUACCCCGAGUCCGUGUCGUACUUCGCGGGGCCGGCGGCAGGUCUGCACGCCGCAGAGCUGGGCUCGCUGGCCAGCAUCGACCGGGAGAUCGCCAUGCACACGCAGCAGCUCUCCGAGCUGGCGGCCGAGAAAGGCCGAGGGAGGCUGGAGGCGCUGCCGGCGGGAGCGGCAGGGGCGGCCGGAGGGAAACCCAAGACCGGGCACCUGUGCCUAUACUGCGGGAAGCUGUACUCCCGCAAAUACGGGCUGAAGAUCCACAUGCGGACUCACACCGGCUACAAGCCGCUCAAGUGCAAGGUCUGCCUGCGGCCCUUCGGGGACCCCAGCAACCUCAACAAACACAUCCGCCUGCACGCCGAGGGCAACACGCCCUACCGCUGCGAGUACUGCGGCAAGGUGCUGGUGCGGCGCCGCGACCUGGAGCGGCACGUGAAAUCCCGGCACCCGGGGCAGAGCCUCGGCAAGGCGGCCGAGGACAAGAGUGACUCUGGCUACGCGCAGCCCGAGCAGGAGCAAAAGACUGACAACGAGAGCGACGUGGACGUCUGCUUCACCGACGACCAGAGCGACCCGGAGAACGGCACUCACCAGGCAAAAGCAUGCAACAGUGCCGACAGUGACCCGCCAGCUGUGACCCGCCAGCUGUGCGGGUCUGCCCGCUCAGGUCCGAGCUGGGGCUUUCCGUGUGCCCUCGGGCAGGCAGAGUCAGGAGGGAACCCCGCCUUUUGGAAGGCACCCACCGUGGACCUGCUGCCGGCGGCUAAAUCGAAAUACAAAGUGCAGGCGGAGAGGCGGAGAAAUGCUGCCACAUUGACUUUUAGGGCCCCAUUUCUACGACGUUCCCAGCGGAGACGCACCUCCCAGCAUGGGUCCGCGGGCGAGCGCCGGUGCCCGGCCGGGGAUGCGCCGGUCCCGGCCCGGGAUAUGCCGGUGCCCGGCCCGGGAUGCUCCCGGACCCGCCGGAGCUCCCGCCUCCCCGAGCGCUCCCACUGCCCCUCGUGA